AUGUUCAAACUUAAAACCCAGAUCCUGUUACUCACAAACAAUGAUACGCUUCGCCUACUCUCAGCUUCUACGAGAAACCGUUAUUUUCACCAACUAGUUCCUUGUACCCAGAUUCAACCACCACUAGAAUCUCAUUUUUCUCAGACUCUGGACCCCAUGGUUUGCAUAUCUCUGCUGCUGAACUGUAGAAACGUAUUUCAGAUUAGACAAGUUCAUACCCAGGUGGCUGUGAUUGGGAUGCUCCGACACCUCAUUGUGGCUAACAAGCUCUUAUACACAUAUGCACAGCAUAAAGCUAUGGGUGAUGCUUACGUCUUAUUUGGUGGAAUGAGAGAGAAAGACUCCGUUACUUGGAAUGUAAUGAUUGCUGGGUUUGCUAAAGCUGGUGAUUAUAUGAAUUGUUUUGGGAUAUUUAGGGAGGUUAUUCGAUGUGGGGUGCGGCCAGAUAAUUAUACAUUGCCUUUCAUGAUAAGGGCCUGUAGGGAUAUAGUGGACCUCCAAAUGGGUAGAGUGAUUCACGAAAUUGGUUUGAAAUGCGGGUUGGAGCCGGAUCAUUUCGUCUGUGCUUCACUCGUGGACAUGUAUGCGAAAUGUAGGGCAAUGGAGGAUGCUCGACUAUUGUUUGAUAAAAUGCAAAAUAGGAACCUUGUGACAUGGACAAUGAUGAUUGGUGCGUAUGCUGAGUAUGGGAAUGCUAAAGAGUCGUUGGUUUUGUUUGAUAGGAUGAGAGAUCAAGGCAUUGUCCCUGAUAAGGUUGCUAUGCUGACGGUGGUUUAUGCAUGUGCAACUGGGGCUAUGCAUAAGGCGAUAUUUAUUCAUGAUUAUAUUUGUAGGAAUAAGUUUUCCUUGGAUAUCACCUUGGGAACUGCCAUGAUUGAUAUGUAUGCUAAGUGUGGGAAUGUUGAUUCUGCGAAGGAAAUAUUUGAUGGAAUGCAAGAAAAGAAUGUUGUCUCAUGGAGUGCUAUGAUUGCAGCUUAUGGGUAUCAUGGACAAGGAAGGAAAGCUCUUGCUCUAUUCCCUAUGAUGUUGAGAAGUGGGAUAUCACCGAAUAGGAUCACUUUUAUUUCACUCUUAUAUGCGUGUAGUCAUGCAGGUUUAGUUGAAGAUGGCCUUCAAUUAUUCUCCUCGAUGUGGGAUGAUCAUGGGGUGAGACCAGAUGUGAAACACUAUACUUGUAUGGUUGAUCUCUUGGGCCGUGCAGGGAGACUUGACGAGGCAUUGAAACUGAUUGAGAAUAUGACAGUUGAGAAAGAUGAGGGGCUUUGGGGUGCUUUGCUCGGGGCAUGCAGGAUCUAUGGCCAUAUGGACCUGGCUGAAAAGGCCGCAGAAUCCCUUCUUAAGCUCCAGCCUCGGAACCCAGGGCGCUAUGUAUUGCUUUCAAAUAUUUAUGCAAAAGCAGGAAGGUGGAAAGAUGUGGCAAAGAUCAGGAAUAUGAUGAUGCGAAGGAGAUUAAAAAAGGUUCCUGGUUGGACUUGGAUUGAGGUGGAUAAAAUAAUUUAUCAAUUUAGUGUGGGUGACAAAACCCAUCCUCAGUCAGAGGAGAUCUAUGGCAUGCUGAAAAGUUUGAGCAAGAGGUUGGAGUUGGCUGGUUAUGUCCCUGACACAAAUUUUGUGUUGCAUGAUGUUGAAGAGGAAGUUAAGCUAGGAAUUUUGUACACGCAUAGUGAGAAGUUGGCAAUAGCUUUCGGCCUUUUUAAAACGCCCGAGGGAACUCCUAUCAGGAUUACAAAAAAUCUUAGGGUUUGUGGUGACUGUCACACAUUCAGUAAGAUGGUGUCAGCCAUUACACACAGGGAGAUCAUUGUUCGAGAUGCCAGUCGAUUUCACCACUUCAAGAUGGGUGCUUGCUCGUGCGAUGAUUAUUGGUAACUUGCUUACUUGAGAGCAGCCAAAGCAUGAAUGGUAUAUUUGGGCAGUUUGUUUAAACUCAAAGUUAUCGAAGAAGAAUGUCAGUCAUAUAUCUGCGAAACACAUUUGUUACCAUAGAGGCCAUCUGGGACUUGCAGCGAGACUUUUUGGCUGAUGCUUUGGACAGUCUCACAUCAUAACUUAUACAGGUAAUAGUUGUAUCUUGAACAUGAAAGAAGUAAUACGAGAACCU